UUUGUUUAGACAUUACUUCUAUUGACUACAAAUUUGUUAAGAGUAUAUUUUUUAAAAAUUUCAAUUACAUUUUAAAAAGAAUAAUUUAUCUUCAAAAUUAUCUGUACAUGUAAAAUUCGCAAGUAUGAAUGAUUCCAUAACUCCAGAGCCACAUUUCUUGCCAGGCUAUACAGGGCAUUGCACUCAAAAUCGGAUGCGUGUGGGGAAAACAUUUGGGAAACAGACUCACAAAUUGUUGAUCGAUCCGUGUAUCUAUCAUGCACCAGAGCUCAUUGUUUCCCCCAUACACGCAAAGCUCGGAUCGAAAGACUAUCCAACCCAGCCAGAGAUAAAACUCCUGAACGACCGGGAGCACUUUGUAGAUUCCGUUUACCGGCAUCCAAUAAUUCCCGGAUAUGCCGGAUUUGUUCCUAACUUAAACCGACAGAUGGGUAAACGUUAUAUGGCGGCAGCCGCCGCUGGAGUUGCUCAGCACGAAAGGUUAAUGGAGCUCUAUCGCUGCGAGAAUCGCACUUUGCGUCAUCGAGACCUACUUGAGAGUGGUAAAGGUCUCUUCGAGCAAAAACUUCAUGAACGACUUCUCCCAAAAACGUAUUAUCGUGCACCGCUCGUUCCGGUGGCAGGUCGUUCAAAGGGCAUAAAGGAAGAGAAAUGCCCUCCAAAGGCAGAUAAGCUGCGAUACUGUAAGUUUACUACGCCACACUUCUUGGAGGACGAUGAUGAGGACAAGUACAUCAUGAACGGUUACGCCGCUCACAUCCCCAUGGCCGUGGCGCGCUUCGGAGAAAGCAACAAAGUGCUCACCAACCGUGCCCUUAGCAGCUUUUCCGAUUACAUGUAUAAACGCAAGCGGGAUAAGUGGUGCUGUGGCCAAGAUUUAAGUCGGCAGGGUAUAACUUGUCCACCAGUGGGACACUUUGUAAUAUAUCAUGAUAAUAUCGGUAUGAUACCGGCCUAUGCGGGUCAUGUGCCCGGUGAACUGUAUAAGUUUGGACGCACAUACGGCAAAACUACGUACGAUGCCAAGCGAUGGCUGGAAAUACACAGAAAUCUCAAAGUACUCCCAGAAGUUGCAAAUCUUGACUACGAGUAUUAAAGCCAACAAAAGAAAUACAUACUUACAUACUUUUAUUUUAAAGUAUGCAACUGUUAUUGGAAUAAGACGCACAAUUUUGAAUCUUUAUAAUAUCGAAGGACGGUCACACUAUUUUUUGUGCUCCCUUUUAAGUACUUGAAGCGGCGUUAUACAGCACUUGUUCGUCGUGCUUCUGCUUCUACGUCGUUGCAGUUGGUCAUUUGCUUAAUUCUGUGUUCAAUCGUGUACAACUUGUUAUCAAUGUAGUGCCCAAUUAAUAUUCAGUGCCUAAAGUGCUUUGUGGAAUUAUAAAACCUUCGGUCUUGGCAGUGAAAAACUAAAAAAUUUCCAUGAACGCCUUACGAAAAAAUCACUUCGGAAUUGAACAAUUCAAACAUAUAUAUAGUGUCGUACUCUUCGCACUGUAACGCUGAUACAGAACCGCAGUGCGUGCAAGCGAGCUAUAUAACAGCACGCAGAUAACAUACAUUUGUGUACCUACCUCUCUUCAAGUGGUGAGUUGAAUGCCGAUUAUUGUACCCUGCACGCAAUGCAGGAGUUCGGCAUAUAAGCGCAGUCGGCGCCGAGUGUUAGAUGCAUCGAAGAUGUAUCUGAAAUUACAGCAAUGGAAUGAAAAAUAAUCAAGUUGAUGUGCACCAUACGAUUUGAUGAAGUGGGGAGUUCUUUAUUUCCGAAAAACUUGGUGAUAGUGGUUAACGACGCUUACAAAGGUGAAUGUCGUGUCGUUGCGACCCGGCCGCAAUCAGCCGACUUGUUUAUUAAAAGCGAACAAACGAAUAAAAAUAAAAACAAAAAAAUAUAUGUAAUUGUA